AUGUUUGCAUUUGAAAGUCAAGAAAACAUCUCACUUGUUGUGUCUCAGAACUUAGGUGAGUCUCACGCCCAUAGAAAGCUUAGUCUGUUUACCACGCCGUCAAUUUUCGAAACAGAUUGCGUCAAACUUGCAGCCAUCAUCAAGUUGAUCAAAGUUUUGAAAACAAACCUAAUACAAAACAAGACUACAACGAUUAGAGACAUAUACUAUAAGGAUGUGGAAAUCUUCAACAAGGACCAAGAAGAAUGUAGGAAACUGCUCACUGGUUUGGUUGAGGAUGGUCUAGGGUGGUCUUUGAUCCAAGACUUUAAUAUCCACCCAGCUCAAAAAGGGUUGAUGUAUGGAAACAUUUUUAAACAAAUGGAUGAGCCCACGUUAAUCCCCAUUGACUACUGUAAUUACUUCAAAUGCAAUGUUACGAUACCUCUUGGAAGCUCAUUAGUGCUAAUCGUGGUCGAAAAGGAUGCAAUCCUACACUCAUUUAGUAAAUUUAUGGAAAACAAGCUUGGCACACUAGACUACAAAUUUGUUGUAAUUACUGGGAAGGGGUUCUCAGAUAAUUUGACCCGACGCUUUGCUACUUGGUUAACACAAACUUAUCGCACAACAAGUUUAGGUUUUUUCGACUCCGAUGCCCACGGGAUACUCAUAUACAAACAGUUCAAGAGUAAUGUCUCCCAGAUUCAGUACUCGGGUAUGUAUCUACUUGACUCGAGUCCCGGUUCCCACUUGACAAUCACAGCGCGUGAUAUUUCAAUCAUGACAAACCUUGCUUCUCAUUGGGUAAGUAAUUUGGGGCCACGAGUCUCCAGAGAAUUAACAAGAGGCUUGUACUUGUACAAAAAGGCAGAAAUGAACGUUGUUUCUGCGGAAGACUACAACCAAUAUAUUCUCGACAAGGUUUGCAAAGCCCAGAGAGGCACGUGA